UUUAAACUAAGGAGCUGUUCAUUGAGACAGACUUCAGUGGUAUUACAGAAUUUGGUUACAACUGGACACAUUAUUCAUAUAGAGUCCCCCUGGUCCUUGUGAAAAACUCUGGUGUUCCUGGUAACCACAUAGUGUAUAAAGCCCCUCAUUGCGCUAGUGACAAUCCUGUAACCCAGAAGCAAAGGAGAGAAUUGUCUUUGUGUUCAUUUGGGGGAGACGGUUGCUAUGGAGAUGGAUGAUAUCAUAACUCCAUUGUGAACCAGUAAGAACACUCUCGUGGGUCUAACGGUCUUCCCGAUGAAGGCUGUUUGAAGUCGCCAUAACCUGGUCAGGAGAAGUGUGCCUGUCGGCCGGGGAGAGAGGCAAUAUCAAGGUUUUAAAUCUUGGAGAAAUGGCUUUCGUUUGCUUGGCUAUCGGAUGCUUAUAUACCUUUCUGAUAAGCACAACAUUUGGCUGUACUUCAUCUUCAGACACCGAGAUAAAAGUUAACCCUCCUCAGGAUUUUGAGAUAGUGGAUCCCGGAUACUUAGGUUAUCUCUAUUUGCAAUGGCAACCCCCACUGUCUCUGGAUAAUUUUAAGGAAUGCACAGUGGAAUAUGAACUAAAAUACCGAAACAUUGGUAGUGAAACAUGGACGACCAUCAUUACUAAGAAUCUACAUUACAAAGAUGGAUUUGAUCUUAACAAGGGCAUUGAAGCGAAGAUACACACGCUUUUACCAUGGCAAUGCACAAAUGGAUCAGAAGUUCAAAGUUCCUGGGCAGAAACUACUUAUUGGAUAUCACCACAAGGAAUUCCAGAAACUAAAGUUCAGGAUAUGGAUUGUGUAUAUUACAAUUGGCAAUAUUUACUCUGUUCUUGGAAACCUGGCAUAGGUGUACUUCUUGAUACCAAUUACAACUUGUUUUACUGGUAUGAGGGCUUGGAUCAUGCAUUACAGUGUGUUGAUUACAUCAAGGCUGAUGGACAAAAUAUUGGAUGCAGAUUUCCCUAUUUGGAGGCAUCAGACUAUAAAGAUUUCUAUAUUUGUGUUAAUGGAUCAUCAGAGAACAAGCCUAUCAGAUCCAGUUAUUUCACUUUUCAGCUUCAAAAUAUAGUUAAACCUUUGCCGCCAGGCUAUCUUACUUUUACUCGGGAGAGUUUAUAUGAAAUCAAGCUGAAAUGGAGCAUACCUUUGGGACCUAUUCCAGCAAGGUGUUUAGAUUAUGAAAUUGAGAUCAGAGAAGAUGAUACUACCUUGGUGACUGCUACAGUUGAAAAUGAAACGUACACCUUGAAAACAACAAAUGAAACCCGACAAUUAUGCUUUGUAGUAAGAAGCAAAGUGAAUAUUUAUUGCUCAGAUGAUGGAAUUUGGAGUGAGUGGAGUGAUAAACAAUGCUGGGAAGGUGAAGACCUAUUGAAGAAAACUUUGCUACUUUUCUGGGGACCAUUUGGUUUCAUCUUAAUAUUAGUUAUAUUUGUAACCGGUCUGCUUUUGCGUAAGCCAAACACCUACCCGAAAAUGAAUUUUUCUGUGAUACAUGAAGACUUUCCAUAUCAAGAGACAUGGUAUUGACUCAACAGUUUCCAGUCAUGGCCAAAUGUUCAAUAUGAGUCUCAAUAAACUGAAUUUUUCUUGCAAAUGUUGAA